CUGCUCUGAGCUCACGCUGCUGAUUGGACGAGCUCCUACCUGCCAGGUGGAGGUGAAUGCUGCUCUUUCAUUGGCCGGCAGGAGUUAAAUGGGAGCGGUGGGGAACUCCUCCUAUUUCCCUGUCUACUCAAAAGAAAAGGUGGCAGCUGCUGAGGAGUGAAAAGGAGAAGGAAAUAUACAAGUAGCGGACGACUGAAACACACAUCAGGGAGGAAGAACAGCUGAGAAAGUCACAGAGUUACGACGUGUGUUCCUGUCAAACUGCAGAGACGGAUUGAUAGCUCAGACUAGACGUACAACAAAGAUGGCCUCCGCCGCUCCGUUCAGCCGCAGACCGUGGGCGUCCCAGUCGCUGAGGGUCACCGCCAAGGAGCUGUCCAUCAUCUCCGCCCGGGGGAAAAAGAACGCCAUCGCAGAACGCUUCUCAAAGUACCAGAUGGCAGCAGAGGAGGGAAAUGCAGAGAAGAAGAAAGCGGUCACAGAACCUCUUCCCUCCACACUGCGCAGCGGGAAUCUGAGUCUUUUAAAGAAACGCUGGGAACAGCAGCAGUCAUCCAGCCUCAGAGCCCAACCUCAGGACUGCAACCCUCAGACCCUCAAACCUGCGCCCACAUCACACAUCCAGAACCACGCAGAGACCCUGAAGACCGCCCCACCCUCUCAGGACCAGGACAUCGACCCGGAGACGCAGCUUCACUGUGAGUCCAGCUCCCACCAGCUGCAGUCGGCUCUUCCUGAGGAUCUGAUCAUGGAGGAGAAGCCCAGCAGAGAGUCGGAGGAGCAUCAGGGAGCGCCGGUUGAAGUACCCGAAUGUGAGAAGCCCAGCGUCCCCCUCAACAGCCUCAAGAUGAUGUUUGAGAAGGGAGAGAACCUGAGCGACAAGGGGUCCAGAGAGCAGCCGAGAAGAGGAAGCGUCGGUAACACCGCCAACAUGGACCAGCUACUAGGAGAUGGAAGUCUUGCAGAGUCCACGCCUCUCCGGGACAGGAUGGCUCUUUAUCAGGCGGCCAUCUCCAAACAGGAAGUCACACCCUCCUCUGUCAGUGGUGAUCAGCAGGACAGUUUCUGUGGAAAGCAGAAGGAGAACGUUCCUCCGUGCUCUCUGGACUUUAGUUUAGAGUGCGAGGCAAACGGCAGGAAAGGUUUUACCUCCGAGAGCAACGCAGGCUCCACCAACGGCACUCCUGUAUCCUCCAAUCAGAAAGACUCCGCUCAGCCCAAGACCUCCAAAAACUUCCGGCUGCCUGUGAGGGAGACGUGUGUGACGUGCCUGAAGACGGUGUAUCCUCUGGAGAGACUCGUGGCCAAUCAGCACGUUUACCACAGCUCCUGCUUCCGCUGCUCACACUGCAGCACCAAACUCAGUUUGUUGAACUACGCCUCGCUGCACAACAACGUCUACUGCAAGCCGCACUUCUCCCAGCUCUUCAAGGCCAAAGGAAACUACGACGAGGGCUUCGGCCACCGGCCCCACAAGGAGCUGUGGGAGAGCAAAGUGGAGAGCGCCGAGACCUCUCCUCAGCCCAAAGCCAAGACCCUGAGCCCGGAGGAGGAGGAGGAGGAGGAGCGCCCCAGCGUGGAGGACUCCCCGCUGGCUAAAGUCAACGUGCUGACGGCCACCAUGGAGGCUCUGGGGCAGGGGGCGGGGGAGAAGUCCGACAGACCCCCCGAGGCCCGCCGGCUGAAGAUCUCCUGGCCUCCUCGCACGGAGCAGGAGGAGUCGAGCGGCCGCAGUGGAGCCGCCACAGAGGAGGGGUCCCCAGGGAAGUCUGUCAAAGCAAAGUGGCCCCCAGAGGAGGAUUCAGUUCCCGAGCAGCCCAAAGAGGGCCCUUCUCUGCGCCGCACCUCCUCCCUGAAGGAGCGCAGCAUGCCCUUCACUCUGGCAGGACAAACUCCAGAGGUGAGGAAGACGAGUCCUCCUCCUCCUCCUGGCGACGACGGAGAUCUGAGUCCUGAACCUGCAAGCAUGGAGCUGCAUGAUGGAGGUCAUUCCCCCGCUGAGGAGGUCCUCCUCAGCUCAGGAGGAGAAGAGGAGGAGGCUGAAAACAUGCCGGAGCAGAAUCUCACCAGAGAGGAGGAGGACACCCCGGAAGAAGAACCUGAGGAAGAGGAGAAGAUGGAGGAAGAGGAGGAGGAUGUGAUGGAGGAGGAGAUGCCGCCUCAGAAACGGGAGGAGAUGAUCUCGUCUCCUGACGGCGAGGUGGAGGCCAGUCGCUCCUCCCAGGAUGUCGGGUUCUGGGACAGCGAGGAUAAGGAGGCGGAGGAUAAGGAGGCGGAGGAUAAGGAGGAGGAGGAUAAGGAGGAGGUGCAGCAACAGGAGGAAGAGGAGGAAGAGGAGGGGCUGACGGUGGAGGAUAUGAUCAAGAGAAACCGAUACUACGAGGAGGAAGAGGAGGCGGAGGAUGUAUAAAAUGAUCACGAUGACAUCAGUGGACACUCGGAGGACUUUCCUUCUUCUUCUUCUUCUUUCAGAUGUUUUCUUCUUCUCUUCCUAAAAGAGCGUUGCUGUGUGAACUCUACUGAACUCUUUGUGCCUCUUUCUGAAACCUUCAAAGCCAUUCCUACAAGAACGUUUUUACAACACUGUGUCGCUCGGACAUCAUUUGUUUUUAAAUGUAAAAUAUUUAAACUUACGCCCCAUGUAAUGAAUAUUUGUAUCUCAAAAUGUCCAAUGGUUAUGACACAGAACUAUUUUUGUGUAAUUUUCUAUUCUCAUUAGAUGCCUCUUAAUCUGGACUGAAACUGCUGUUUUAAGUACCAAUGAUGUGAGCCUAUUAUUAUACCAUGAUGUGGGAUUGUUACAGCUAACGUAGCUUCUAAACGGAGUCACUUUUAAUAAUACAUCCAAAAGAAGCCACUGUGUUUUAGAAAAGCCAGCCCAGCACUUUGAUCUGUUACCAUUUUCUGUGAAGAAAACAUCUUUGUCACUUUCUUUUCUAUUCUUUAUGUACAUGUUAAACUCAAAAAACACCUUGUUACUUUUUGUUUUACAAUUCAAGAGUUAUAACUGGAUCUGAAUUUUUUUUUUUU